AUGGCUUCGAAUCUCCCUCUGCCUAUUCCACCGCGAACCCCGACUCCGCCAUCAGAUGAGGCGAGAGAUCAUUAUGCGCCGCAGUUCAACUCAGGAGUCGCGGUUGAUCGCGACGCCUUGUCGCCACUGCGAGAUACGUUUCCUAGAAGCGUAUCGCUAGACCCAGGAAAUCCAGAUCGUCUUAGUCCGACCAGAUCUUCAUUCGGGUUGAGCCCUGGAUCUGCAGAUACUACGCCAAUCGCACAGGAUGGCUCGAACGAUUCGUCUGCCGCGGGACCUUUCAAUUUCAAUACUACUGUUAUGGCCAAGGGACCAGUGGUCAAAUCGAACAUUGGACAACGUCGCGGUCACAAAUACAAACACAGUAGUAUCUCGCAUCAGAUAUUCCUCGAACCUCCCCCGCGAGCACCAUUAGCUUUGCCGAACUCGUUGCCAAUCCCAACAUUGAAGGAAUGCCGUGCUAGUAUGUCAAGGGACCAGAAGACACGCUUUUGGUGGAGUGUUUGCCACAUGUUUGUGGCGGCAUAUACACUUUGGACCGCGCAUGGGUCGCUAGCCAUGACGGCAUUAUCCCAUUUGAUACUCUUCGACUCGCUCGGAGCUCUACUCUGUGUGGCCGUAGAUGUCCUUGGGAACUUUGAAGUGUGGAAGCGGUCUAGCAUCCGCCACCCCUUUGGACUGGAGCGAGCCGAGGUCCUCGCUGGCUUUGCGAUGUGCGUCCUGCUGCUGUUCAUGGGCUUGGACUUGAUAUCUCACAAUCUACAACACUUCCUUGAGAAGUCUGGGCAUGAACCCCACCAUUCCCACGACCAUGAUCGGGUCUCCGUGGGAAGCGUGGAUAUCACAGCCGUCCUGGCUAUUUCCUCGACGCUGGUGUCUGCAAUUGGACUCAAGAAUCAUGCACGCAUCGGAAAAGCCAUGCGUUUUGCCUACAUUGAGUCUCUCCCAUCAGUUUUGAGCAAUCCGUCUCAUUUCUUGACCCUCUCCUGCUCUACUCUCCUGCUUUUGCUGCCGUUGGUCUCGAUUCGGAUCUAUGACUGGCUUGACAAGGUUCUCUCCGGCACGAUUGCAAUCUCCAUGUGCGUUCUCGGCGUGCGCCUGGUGAAGACCCUAGGUUCUAUGCUGCUGAUGUCCUACUCGGGCCAAGGCGUGACAGAGGUGAUCAAGGACAUCGAAGCAGACCCGGCCGUCUUUGGUGUUGAUGACGCCCGCUUCUGGCAGGUCCAUUAUGGGCUUUGCAUGGCAAAUCUUAAAGUUCGUGUUGGCGGAUCAGAAGACACACUAUCUCGCCUGAGAGAGAAGAUCUCCAGCUUGAUUCGAAACCGACUUGGCGGGGGCUAUGGCACCGGAGGCCAGAAAUGGGAGGUCUCCCUUCAAUUCACCAUUGAAAAGCCCUAG